CAUGACGUUUACCACAAAAACAAGCACCUUGCGAGGUACAUAUCACCAAGGAGUGUGGGGGAUGCAGGCAGCUCUUCUGGGCAACAUGUUGUGACAGCAGCACCCAGAGCUAGCAGGUGACAGAAACACUGUGUAAGCAGCCAUGUCAGAAGGGCAGGUGAACAAGGCCAAGGAAGCAGACGGCCUAGCUAUGCAGAGCCACAAUAACAGCUCGGCUAAGCUGUCAAAAACUGACAUGUUUUCGGAAGGCUCUGCAACCAUGGAUCAAGAUGGAGAGGUGCAGCUUGAAGUCACAGAAGAACUCCCAAAGUCCGAACAACCAAAGAAGUGCCUUGCUCUACGGACUUGCUGCCAUAGGACCUUCAAACCCAUUCAAACACACUACAAUCCAUUGCCAGAAAAUGCCACGCUUGGUCAAAAAGUGAAAUAUUUUUUUAUGUGUCCGCCCCAUGGGAAAGUAGGAGGCUUUCUGCUGUUGCUGUUCAUGUUUGGGGUGUGGCUCGCAGUCUUGAUCUCAUUGACUGGGGCGGAGGCUCUUCCAGGUGGCAACCUGUUUGCAUUGCUUGUGUUGUUUGUUGCCUGUUGGUUUGGUGGAUAUUUGGUGUCACUGGUUAAAAACAUCAUCCCUUUCCUGCCCCUUCCACCGUUGCUAGGCAUGUUGAUUGUAGGAGGAAUCCUGCGAAAUGUUCCCCACAUUGCCAUCUCCACUGAUAUACACCCAGCCUGGUCAUCAGGAGCCCGGAAUAUGGCUCUGGGCAUCAUCCUACUGCGAGCCGGACUCGGGCUUGACCCGUCUGCUCUCAGGAAGCUCUCUUUUGUCGUCUUCAGGCUGGCCUUCUCACCGUGUCUGAUGGAGACGGUUGCUGAUGCAGUUGCAGCACAUCUCCUGCUUGGAUUUCCCUGGGAAUGGGGCUUCAUGCUCGGGUUUGUGAUUGCUGCAGUGUCCCCAGCGGUGGUGGUCCCUUGUCUGCUGGCAUUGCAGGAACAGGGGUAUGGAGUGGACAAGGGCAUCCCCACCCUCGUCAUCGCGGCGGCCAGUAUUGAUGAUGUUCUUGCCAUCACUGGCUUCGGUGUUGUGAUGGGUAUUGCCUUCUCACAAGGCAACUUGGUGUGGACCCUGCUGAAGGGCCCCUUGGAAGCCGUGGUGGGCGUCGCCCUGGGUGUUGUGGCUGGGGUCAUACUCUGGUACUUCCCACAACGCAGCAGUAAAAACCUGGUGUUGUUUCGGUCCGUGAUGUUGGUUGGGUUCGGUCUGAUGGCCAUCUUCCUCUCCACUUACCUCAAGUGGGCGGGGUCUGGGCCCCUGGGGUGCCUCACUCUCGGAUUUGUGGCUGCACUGAAAUGGAGGAAAGAGUUCAAGGAGGGUGAACAGAAUCCGAUUGAGGGUGUGGUGGGAGUCUUAUGGAUGAUCUUUCAACCAUUACUGUUUGGUCUGAUUGGAGCUGAGGUGGAGAUCGCGACUAUUGACAAGAACACCAUUGGUCUUGGCCUAGCCACUCUUGGAAUCGGGUUGGCAGUACGGAUGGUGGUGUCCUUCCUGGCAGUGUUCUUCACCCCUCUCAACAAAAAGGAGAGGAUGUUCAUUCCAUUUGCAUGGCUUCCCAAAGCUACAGUCCAGGCUGCUAUUGGUGCCAAAGCCUAUGAAAUGGCUGUUUCUGAAGGAAAACCAGAGCUGGAGAAUUUAGGCAAACAGAUCCUGACCAUUGCUGUGUUGGCCAUCCUGAUCACUGCUCCCAUUGGCGCUGCUCUGGUCACCAUCUUCGGACCUCGGCUGCUGAAGAAGACAGAAAACAUUCAGGAUGGGGACGUUGGAGACAGACGAUCACAUGACCUACAGGGACAAAACAAUCCUGUGUUCUCUGUACAGGAUGAGUCAAGUACAGCGGACUCAGGGUGCAUCCAGAAGGAAGAUGUAUCUGGUCAAGAGGAUGAGUUAAAUGGCAGCAGACAAGAGGAGUCUAACAUCGACACCAUUAGGCUGUAGCCAGUUACCCUGGAACCUGAAACAUCUUCAAUCAUUUAUUAUCAUUUAUUUGAGUAGUCAAGAAAUCCAUAUACUUAUACAAAUAUUUUUUACAACAUUACAAGGUCCUAAAGAUCCUUUAGUAUUUUACAAGCCAUGCAUUGCUUCAAGAUUGCCAUCAGUCAGGAUGUAAGUAUAUCCCUUGCUAACACCCUUUGCGAUAACUUGGCUUAAGUUAAACUGCGAGGUAAUAACUGGAUUCCAUGUCAUCGAAACAUCAGAAAUAGCCUAUCAACAAAUCUGCUGUUGGGUUCAAGUUAAUCAUGAUGCAAAUAUUAACUACAAUGUACCUAAAUUCUCUGCUAAUGGCAGACUCCAUGCUCAACACACAAGCAUUGGAACAUUGUACUAACUUAUAUAAGACACCUUUAUUCAUAAAGAUUGCAGAUUGCUAUUGCUACCUGUAGCAAAAUAUUAUGUUAGUUUGCCCUUAUUCCAUGUUAUGUAUAACACAGGUGUCUAAUGUCGGGGGGGGGGGGGCAUCCAUGGAGCCGAAAGACCUGUGUUAUGGCAAGGGAUGAAACUCAUUCUUUCAACAGAGGUUACUCAAGUCAUAUCUUGACUUGAGUAACCUCUAUGGGAAGAGAAUGGUGUAAACUAUGCAGUAUUUGUUUCUGUGAUAUUUAAUCAAGAUUUGUUAUAAUGUGUUCUUUGUUGUUGUUUCUAUUUGUGUUUUGUAUACAAAUCAUGCUGAAAUCCAUUGACAGAAAAUCCUUCAGAAAAUUUUAUUUAUUUAUAUGUAUGUAUGCUCAGUGUUUCAUGGUCCUGGGUUUCCCAUUUACUGACAAGGGUAAAUGUU